GAACUCGCAAUGCCAGCCGGGACGUCGGCGGACCGUCUGCCUGCGCCGAGGAGAGCUGCGUGUCCCCAGUGUCCGCUUCGGUCGCCCGGUUAGGAAUGCGCCUCACGAACCCGGAGUGUGUGGAAAUACUGGAUGAAACGCUGCUAGGGACGAUGAUCUAAGGAGCGUCAUGGUUUGGCAUCAUUUACACAUCUAGUAUCCCAGCGGCCAAGUUUGAUUCAUUCAGCUAGCUGACGUUAGCCCGUUUCGUUGAUUCACACCGAGCUAAGUGUGUAGCAUACGUGCUAACCCUAGCUAGUUUCAGUGUGUUGCUGGCCAACCCAGUCGGAACAGGAGCGCAUCGGACUGACUGCUCAACACAGCCGGUAUUUCGACAAGAAGAGUCGGUGGUGGCAAGCGGGGGGCCGGGAGAACGAGACGGGGUAGACGUGAGUCAGGAGCGGCUGAUGAGUUCAGACCAGGGCGGAGAGCCGCCGCUGCUGCAGGAGGAGGCUGAUCCGGGACCGAAGACCGGUGGGAAGGACGAGGCUCCGCUGGGGACCGAGGGAGGGUCAGGCGGCAUGGUCACCUCUAAGGGCGCCGGUCUGAACCCUAAUGCCAAGGUGUGGCAGGAGAUCCCAGUGGCCCCCAGCGAGGUGGUUACUGAUAGCUCUCAUUGGUCGCCCUCAGAUGUCACUGAGGGUUAUUCUGAGCCUUUGUCCACUGGGUGCAAGCAGUACACGGUGGGUUUCCCGACCCUGGAGGACAGCAGCUCCACAGCCACAGCUGAGAUAGCAGUGAAUGGAAUGGACCCUCCAGAGCUGGGCUUUUCCCCCGCUGAGUCCACCACAGGGACUGCAGUCGUCUCCAAAGCUGAGGAACAGCCGAUUUCCUCUGAGAAUCUGCGCGAAUCUCUGAAGAAAGAGCUGGAGUUCUACUUCUCUAGAGAAAACCUGUCGAAGGAUUUGUACCUGAUGUCCCAGAUGGACAGUGACCAGUUUGUCCCAAUUUGGACUAUAGCCAGCAUGGAGGGCAUCAAGGUCCUCACUACUGACAUGGAGCUCAUCCUGGAUGUCCUGAGAUCCUCUCCGAUGGUACAAGUGGAUGAGAAAGGAGAGAAAGUACGUCCUAAUCACAAGCGGUGCAUUAUCAUCCUGAGGGAGGUCCCUGAAACCACUCCUGUCGAGGAAGUCGAGUCGCUGUUCAAAAACGAAAACUGUCCAAAGGUGAUAAGUGUUGAGUUUGCGCACAACAACAACUGGUACAUCACAUUCCAAUCAGAUACGGAUGCUCAACAGGCAUACAAAUAUUUGAGAGAGGAAGUUAAAACAUUUCAGGGAAAACCCAUCAUGGCCAGGAUAAAGGCCAUCAACACCUUCUUUGCGAAGAAUGGCUACCGUAGCAUGGACAGCAGCCUGUACGCCCAGCAGUCCCAGAGCCAGUCCCAGUACAACUCGCCCCUCUACAUGCAGCACGUCUAUCCCCAGCAGCAGUACCCGGUCUAUGGCAUUGUCCCGCCCACCUGGACGCCGUCUCCCACGCCCUACUUCGAAACUCCUUUGGCACCGUUUCCCAACAGUAGCUUUGUCAAUGGAUUUGGCUCUGCUGGACACUACAAAACUAGCUCCAACUCUCUUAAUAUUACACGCCCAUUCAACAGAAACCGUGUCCCCCUCUAUUCAAGAAAGAAUGUAAUAAAUGCCUUCAGAAACCAUGUGAAGCCUCAGGUGAGGACAGGCGAGGUGACUCCGGCAUCCAUCACUCCUGUCCCUCUGGAGAGUCUGACUGGCCUGCGCAGCCCGCAGCCGCCCGCUGCCACCACCACCACUAACCCGAUCCCAACACCCACUGACCUGAGCUCGGUGUUCCCACACCUCUCUUCUUCCUCCUCGGACCCCAGUGACGACAGCGGCAUGGCUGGACGUGGACGACGGAGCACUACCUACAGAGGAACACGGAGGAGGCGAGAGGAUGAUCGAAUUACGAGGCCUGUACCGCUGGCAGAGGUCAAGGUUUCUCCUCCCAAGUUUGACUUGGCAGCCACCAAUUUCCCUCCUCUACCUGGCUGUGUGGUCAGCACACAGGGGGAGCCAGUGUUAGAAAACCGAAUGUCAGAUGUCGUACGCGGUUUGAACAGAGACAAGACCGAACAAGCCAAUAAAGAAGCCACUGUGAGUGCAGGUUCAGGCCAAGGCCCAGUCACAGAGGAGGCUGUGGCUGUCUCAAGUCCUGCCCAGACGGCAGCAAAAUCUGCACAACCACUUGGACCCUCGGCCCCCAGUAUCAGUCGUCAGGAGAAGAGGGGGGAAAGGGCGGAGGUCUCUGUUCCAAAAGUGACCCCAACUACACCCGUUCAGCCUUCGGCCACCCCAUCCUCCUGCACACAGCCCGUGCCUAGCGCCAGGCCUCAGCCCUGUGCUGCCUCCACACCAGCCACCCCCAGCACGCAAGCCCCUGCUACAGCCACCAUUGCCACCCCUACACAGGAGCCUCGUAAGCUCAGCUAUGCCGAGGUGUGCCAGCGACCACCAAAAGACCCCCCUCCUGUGGCUCCCGCCCCAGCCCCCUCCGGCACCGCGUCAGGCCAGCCGUUGCGGGAGUUGCGCGUGAACAAGGCAGAGGAGCAGGGCUCCAGCAGCGGCGCUGGAGAAAAACAGGAGAAAGCCCAUGACAGGGAGGGGGGAUGGGAAUGCAAGGAAAGCCGGCCUCCGCGUGAACGUGAUUCCCAAGGCUACUACCGCAGCAAUGGCCCCAGAGGCACUGGGGGCCUCAAGUUUCGUGACCAGAGGCGCCCCCCUCCGGCUCGACGCAGUUCCCCCCAGGGAGGGUAUAGGCACACUGGCAAAGAGCAAAAUAUCCCACCAGUAUCGCCAAAGUAAAAACUUGAUGUGAAUGGAAAAAAAGAUGUAUGAAUAUAUACAUGGAUAUAUAUAAAUAUAUAAAAAUGAAUAACAUAAAAGCAACAACAUUAUGGUAGCCACCUCCCCCCCUGGAACUUGUCCAAAGAAAAGCUUUUAAAACUACAAUAAGACUGGGACAUCCAGGACAAAUGGGCAAAAAACAUCAUCUCAAGAAGUGUGAACUUUCAAGAGUGAUAUGAAAAGGAAACAAUCUUGUUUUGGCCUCCAGCAAAUGCUUAAAAGAAUUUAAGUCGGUGUGGUUUAUCUGGAGGUCAUUUCCUCUCAGCUCUGCUGGGGAGAGGUGGGAUUCUGGGUCCUGUAAAUGGCCCUCUACCUUUUUUGAUUUUAAAGAAUAGAUGUUGGUCUGCAAGGAACAUAUGCACUAAGAAGAAAAGAACAUGCAUAUAUGUCAUGUACAUAUACAAAGAUAUCACUAACACGCAAUGAGACAUCAGUUUUUUUUCCUUGUGUGCUUACGUUUGCAAGAAUGACAGACAGGUUGACUGAUACCUGUGUAUGCAUUGAUUGUUAAGCAAAAUGAUUGGGGUGCUGCAGAUUGCUGUUGCACUGAUUAUAAUGAAAUGGAUAAUUUUGAUUUUUACAUCAGAGAUUCAGAAUCAUUGUCCCAAAACUGGGCAGUGUAGUCCUCUAAUGUAUAUUAAUGAAAUCUGUACUAUGGUGGUAUUUUGAUCCUGGUUAAUGAUUGGCUUAAAUGUAUCAGUAAGAUAUCAAAUCUUUGGUGACGUAAGCCACAGUCAUGCCUGUAGUCCGCACAUUGGGUGGUUUUGUUUGAAGCCGAAUCCACUUUGGGGUGGCCACCGGCCAGUUAGCCAAGCUGAACCUGCCUGGUCCAGAGUUUUUCAUGUUAAGUUGUUUGAUCCCUCAUCUGAAAUGUUUUGGAUCCCCCCGCCCUCCACUGGAUUCAGAACAUUGUCAUGGUGAUAAUCAGUCAGACUCUGUUUACAAGUUUCUUUGCGUAGUAGGGCAAUGCUAAUUUUCUGAGAGGAAACAGGAAUGGGUUUAAUAGUCCCUUGUGGCUAUGUAAUGAUGGUUUAGUUGAGAGCUGGCUUUUCUACAUCAACACAGGAUAUCCAGGUUAAGCUUAUAUUUGUGUAUUGUUCUUAACAAGGAUAUAGUGUCAAAAGUAGGCUGGAGAGUGCUGUUAGGUCAGGAUGGGAGCUACAAAACAUUUGGCAGCCAAGUCAAGGGUAUAAGAAAAUCGGAACAUUUUCAUGUGCUAUGUGCCAGCUGCCUAUGAUCAUAGUCGACUUGGAUAGGCUGAAAGUUUUGAGUUGUAUCAUCAAAGUCUGCUAAAUAAUGUAGUCUUGAGGGAUCUUUUGGCUCAAGUUAAACUGGAUGUUGAAAAAACUGUAGAGAUGUAGUUGCCUUUGCUAUAUUGUAAUAACCCUUCACUAGAAAUGUGUGUGGGAGAAUGUAAUUGUUCUAGUACAGAAUUUACAGAGGGAGACUUGUCAGCAGGUAUCCACCAGAUUGUUUUGUGCUUUUAGGGUGAGUUUGCUGUUUUUGUUAUGUUUUUUUUUUUUUUUUCUUUUUUUUCUUUUUUGGAAAAACAGACAGAUUGACUUAGAAUUUGCAGUUUGACUCACUGUAUGUAUUGCUUUUUAAAUUUAUUUAUUUUAAUCCUAAUGUGCAACGCUUUUUCCCAAUCUUGGUAGGCUGGUUUCCCCAAAGUUGUGUGAAAUCACAUUGGCAAAGAAAAAUCACGCAUAUGACAUUUAUAUAUUGUUCGAGAUGUCAGCCGAGAGAAUACUUGAUGCAUUGACUUUGGGUUUAGUAAUGCAGUAAAUGAGUAACCAAUCACUGGGGCUGUUAUUUCUUUUUCAUUAAUGAGUAUGAGCAGCUAGCGAUUUAGUGUAAUUAAAUAAAUGCACUAACUUUUUUUGUGUUUUUUUUUUUUGUUUUGUUUUUUUUUUAAGAAUCUUACUCAAGUAAUGUGAAAUCAUUUUAGAAGCAUAUGGUUGAUGUUGAAAGGCUUGCAAAAAAAAAAAUCUACAGGACUUGCUUUUUUUUUUUUUCUUUCCUCCAUAUGUUUGGGUUAUUUUCUGUUAAUUUGGGUUGGGGUGGCAAAAAGCAAAUAUAGUAAUGGAUCAAUUAAGUGUUUGAGACACAAUUCUAGAACUGUAUGAAAUGUCACCAAAAAUAAAUUAUUUUGAUUUGGC